UCACAUUGACACAAAAUCCUUCAUCAGCAAUUUUUUGCGAAAAAAUUCUCCACAAUUCCGCAAAAUCUCUUCUAAUUUUGGCAAAAGCUUCCUAUGGCUUUCACAAGUUCUACUUCUACUUUCAUCCCAGAAUGGAAUUAUGAUGUUUUCUUGAGUUUUAGAGGCGAAGACACCCGAUUCAAUUUCACUGAUCACUUGUAUGCAAAUUUGACUCGAAGAGGUAUUCAUACCUUUAGAGAUGAUUCACUUAAGAGAGGGGAAGAGAUUGCACCUGAACUCCUUAAAGCUAUUGAAGAAUCAAGGUUUUCCCUUGUAGUUUUCUCGGAAAACUAUGCUCGUUCAAGAUGGUGUUUAGAUGAGCUGUUGAAGAUCAUGAAAUGCAGGAAAGAAAUGAAACAAACUGUGGUACCGAUUUUCUACCAUGUGGAUCCAUCCCAUGUACGGCACCAGACAGAAGGGUUUGGAGAGGUAUUUUCCAAUUGCAAAGAAGAUACAGAGGAGAUGAAAGAGAAGCUGCAAAGUUGGAGGAGUGCAUUGACAGAAGCAGCCAAUAUAUCUGGAGAGCAUGUGAAGGAUGGGUAUGAGUCUGAGCAUAUUAAGAAAAUCGUCAACAACAUAUUCAUGAGAUUGAAUUGUAGAAUGUUUGAUGUUGGUGCCAACUUAGUUGGUAUGGAUUCCCGUGUUAAUGAGAUAAUUCGACGGCUAUGUGUUGAUCAAUUGAAUGAUGUUCGCAUAAUUGGUAUAUGUGGAAUAGGCGGAAUGGGUAAGACGACUAUCGUCAAAGUUGUAUACAAUAAAUUUUCUCAUGAAUUUGCGUAUACAAGCUUUCUUGAAAAUGUUAGAGAAGUUUGCAACACUAUGGGUUUGCAACAUUUACAAAAUCAACUUCUUUGUGAUUUACUUGAGGUGGAGAGAAAUCAAAACAUAAGCAAUGUUGGCCAAGGAGCCAAUAUGAUAAAAAAUGUUCUCCGAUUUAAAAGAGUUUUUAUUGUUCUCGAUGACAUUGAUGAUUUAGAUCAAUUAGAAUAUUUACUCAGAAAUCGUGAUUGGCUUGGAAAAGGAAGCAGAGUCAUCAUUACAACUAGAAGUAAACAUUUGUUGCAAGAAAUGGAUGAUGUAUAUGAGGUUGAGGAAUUAAAUUUUGAACAAGCUCGUGAGCUUUUUAGUCUCUAUGCUUUUAGACAAAAUCUUCCUAAACAAGACUUCAUCCACCUCUUGGAUCGUGUAGUCUACUAUUGUCAUGGUCUUCCAUUAGCUCUAAAAGUCCUCGGUUCUCUCUUGUUUAACAAGACAAUACUCCAAUGGGAAAGUGAAUUGUGUAAAUUGGAAAGGGAACCUGAAGUGAAAAUACAAAAUGUGCUUAAAAUAAGCUUUGACGGAUUAGAUCAUACACAAAAGAAAAUAUUUCUUGAUAUUGCAUGUUUUUUUAAGGGAGAAGACAAAGAUUUUGUUUCAAGGAUAUUGGAUAGUUGUGAUUUGUAUGCAGAGAUAGGAAUAAAAGCCCUUUAUGAUAAGUGUCUUAUAUCUCUUUCCAAAAAUAAGAUACUUAUGCAUGAUUUGAUACAAGAAAUGGGAUGGAACAUUAUUCGUUGUGAAUUUCCCGAUGAUCCUGGAAAAUGGAGCAGAUUGUGGGAUCCGAGUGAUGUGUAUCGUGCAUUUACAAUGAAAAAGGGGAUGAAAAAAGUUGAGGCGAUAUUCUUGGACUUGUCUAGAUCAAAACAACUGCAAUUUAGUACAAAGAUUUUUGCAAAGAUGAAACGACUUAGAUUGCUCAAGAUUUAUUGGAGAGAUUAUUGUGGUUCUAUGAAAAAGGAGUUUAAAGUUAUUCUUCCUGAAGAUUUUCAAUUUCCUUCACAUGAGUUGAGAUAUCUUCAUUGGGAAGGAUACUCUUUGAAAUCAUUGCCUUCAAAUUUUCAUGGAGAGAACCUUGUUGAACUCAACAUGAUGGAUAGCAACAUAAAACAACUUUGGCAAGGAAAUAAGUGUUUGGAACAGUUAAAGAUCUUAAAUUUACUAAGAUCCAAGCAGCUUACUGAAAUAUCAAACUUCUCAAAUAUGCCAAAUCUAGAGGAGUUAGAACUUGAGCGUUGUACAAGUUUGAAUGUUGUUGAUCCAUCUAUUGGAGUUCUAAAGAAGCUUACUUUGUUGAAUUUGAGUGGGUGUGAAAACCUUACGAGUUUACCAACCAGCAUUCAAUACUUGGACUCUCUUGAAACUAUUUAUUUGAAUAAAUGCUCAAACUUGGAGGAAUUUCCGGAGAUGAAAAGAAGUUCUAUGAAAGCUUUAUCUUAUCUUCACUUUGAUGGAUCUGCUAUUAAGGAAUUACCCUCCUCAAUAGAACAUCUCACUGGACUUAAGGAGUUAUAUAUGAAAGAGUGCAAAAACUUGAGGAGUCUUCCAAGUAGCAUUUGCAGGUUAAAGUCCCUUAGAAACCUCCAAGUCUUUGGUUGUUCAAAUCUAGAUACUUUUCCAGAAAUCAUGGAGGAUAUGAAAUACUUAGAAUUUCUUGAUUUAAGAGGAACGGGUAUAAAAGAGCUACCAUCAUCAAUGGAACAUCUUCAUAAUAUCAGUGAAUUGUUUUUGAGUGACUGCAAAAACUUGAGGAGUCUUCCAAGUAGCAUUUGUAGGUUUAAAUCUUUUCAACGACUCAAUCUCAAUGGGUGCUCAAGCCUACAGAACUUUCCCGAAUUCAUGGAGGAUAUGGAAUACUUAGAUGUGCUUGAUUUGGAAGGAACAGCUAUAAAAGAACUACCACCAUCAAUUCCAAAACUGAAAAACCUCAGAAUGUUGUAUUUGAGCAAUUGCAAGAACCUUGUUACUCUUCCAGACAGCAUCUAUGAUCUGAGAUCCCUUGAAUAUCUGAUACUCCCUGGUUGUUCAAACUUGGAGAAGUUUCCCAAGAAUCUGGAAGCCUUAUGCUCCUUAGUGGAACUAGAUUUGAGUUGCUGCAAUAUAAUGGAAGGGUCAAUUCCCACUGAUAUCUGGGGCCUAUAUUCCUUGGAAAAAUUAAAUCUACGUGGAAACCAUAUGGUUAGCAUACCUUCUGGCAUCUCUCAACUUUGUAAGCUUCGUUACCUUGAUAUCAGUCACUGCAAGAUGCUCCAAGAAAUUACAGAACUUCCAUCAAGUCUACCAGAAAUACAUGCCCACGAUACGAAGCUGGAAAUGUUAUCAGGUCCAUCAUCUCUACUCUGGUCUUCCCUCCUUAAAUGGUUCAAACCAACAAGUAAUGAGCACUGGAAUUGCAAGAAAGGCAAGAUGAUUAUCAUUCCAGGAAAUGGUGGAAUUCCAGGGUGGGUAUUGCAUCAGGAGAUUGGAAGCCAAUUAAGAAAAGAGUUUCCUUUGAAUUGGUACGAGGAUAACCACUUUCUGGGAUUUGCUUUCUUCUCUCUUUAUCAUAAAGAGAAUCAUUUUGAGGCUUCAUGUCAUUUUGAUCUGAGAUUGCGCGGUGAUCCAGAUGAAGUUGUGGAUGACCUCUCCCUUUCUUCUUGGUGUAAAUGCCACGAGAUUAAUGGUGAGGCAUCCGAUGAAUUGUGGGUGACUCUCUAUCCUAAGAAUGCUAUUCCAAAUAAGUACCACCGCAAACAACCAUGGCACUUUCUGGCUGCGUUUGAUUUUGUUACUAGGAUUAAUGGUCAGGCUACUCAUACCAAUAUCAAGAGGUGCGGGGUUCAGCUGAUAUACACCCAUGAUUAUCUACACGACAAUGUGCCUAUGUUGGUGGAUCAUCAAAGAGGCCAUGAUGAUGCUGGGGAAAACCAAGCAGAUGAUCAGGAACCACACCCUAAAGAUUUUCAAUUCCUUGCACAUGAGUUGAGAUAUCUUCAUUGGGAAGGAUACCCUUUGAAAUCAUUGCCGUCAAAUUUUCUUGGAGUGAACCUUAUUGAACUCAACAUGAUGGAUAGCAACAUAAAACAACUUUGGCAAGGAAAUGAGCGUUUGGAACGGUUGAAGAUCUUAAAUUUAAGAGGAUCAGAGCAACUCACUGAAAUAUCGAACUUCUCAAAUAUGCCAAAUCUAGAGAAGUUAGGACUUGAAUAUUGUAAGAGUUUGAAUGUUGUUGAUCCAUCUAUUGGAGAUCUCAAGAAACUUACCUUUUUGAAUUUGGUUGGGUGCAAAAAGCUUAAGAGUUUACCAACAAGCAUCCAACUCUUGGACUCUCUUGAACUUCUCAACUUGAAUUUAUGCUUAAACUUGGAGGAAUUUCCAAAGAUGGUGGGAAGUUGUAUGAAAGCUUUAUCUGGUCUUCACCUUAUUAAAUGUGGUAUUAAGGAAUUACCCUCCUCAAUAGAACAUCUCACUGGACUUAAGGAGUUAAGUAUGUCACACUGCGAAAACUUGAGGAGUCUUCCAAAUAGCAUUUGUAGGUUAAAGUCCCUUCGUAACCUCUAUCUCCGUGAUUGUUCAAAUCUAGAUACUUUUCCAGAAAUCAUGGAGGAUAUGAAAUGCAUAGAAAAUCUUGAUUUAAGAGGUUCAGGUAUAAAAGAAUUACCAUCAUCAAUUCAAAAUCUGAAAAGCCUCAGAGAUUUGUCUAUGAGCACUUGCCUUGUGACUCUUCCAGACAGCAUUUAUAAUUUGAGAUCCCUUAGACUUCUGAGGCUCAAUGGUUGUUCAAACUUGGAGAAGUUCCCCAAGAAUCUGGAAGGAUUCUGCUCCUUAGUACAACUAGAUUUGAGUCACUCCAGUCUAAUGGAAGGGUCAAUACCCACUGAAAUCUGGGACCUAUAUUCCUUGGAAAUAUUAAAUCUAAGUUGGAACCAUAUGGUUAGCAUACCUUCUGGCAUCUCUCAACUUUGUAGACUUCGUCUCCUUGAUAUCAGUCACUGCAAGAUGCUCCAAGAAAUUCCAGAGCUUUCAUCGAGUCUACGAGAAAUAGAUGCCCACUAUUGCACGAAGCUGGAAAUGUUAUCAAGUCCAUCAUCUCUACUCUGGUCUUCCCUCCCCAAAUGGUUCAAUCCGACAAGUAAUGAGCACUUGAAUUGCAAGGAAGGCAAGAUGAUUCUUAUUCCAGGAAAUGGUGGAAUUCCAGGGUGGGUAUUGCAUCAGGAGAUUGGAAGCCAAGUAAGAAUAGAGCCUCCUUUGAAUUGGUACGAGGAUGACCACUUUCUGGGAUUUGCUUUCUUCACUCUUAGUCGUCACAUGCAUCGUCGUCUGUAUGAAUCUCAAUUUAGUCUGAGAUUGCGAGGUGAUCCGGAUGAAGUUGUGGAUGACCGCGCCAUUUGGUAUUGGUGUAAUUCAUGCAACGUCGUUGAUCAUUAUCCAUCAGAUCGAUUGUUGGUGACUCUCUAUCAUAAGAAUGCUAUUCCAAAUAAGUACCACCGCAAACAACCAUGGCACUUUCUGGCUGCGUUAGAUGAUCAGGCUACAAAUGUCAAGAGGUGCGGGGUUCGGCUGAUAUACACCCAUGAUUAUCCACAUGACAAUGUGCCUAUGUUGUUGGAUCAUCAAAAAGGCCAUGAUGAUGCCGGGGAAAACCAAGCAGAUGAUCAGGAACCACACCGUAAAAGAUUGAGAGCAUCCAGCACUGAUCUCAAGCUUUAAGCUCGAUUGCCAGGUGCACUUGCUAGAAAAGUCCUCUUUAUAUUCCACCAUCUCUCUAUUUUAGUUGUUCAUUCAAGCCCUCAUGGAAACUUAUUGGUAAGCCAUCUUCCUCCCCCUUCUUAAUUACUUUAAGAUAUGUGCCAAGUGGUUCAAAGGGGUCAAAAUUCUGUUGUGCUUCUUUCUUUUCUUUUCUAUUUUAUGAUAAAAUACAAAUCCUUUAAAAGGUCUUUUCACUACA